AUGAAUAUUACAGAUGAGUUUUCUCUUUUAAACAACUUUUUGUUGUGUGUAAAAAAUUUAAAGAAAAUUUGUCAUGGAGAUUUAAAAACUGUUGAAUUUAAAGAAGGAAAGUUAAUUGUCACAAGGGAAACUUUGGAAGAAAGCAUAAUGUUGCAAAAAAGAAAACGUCAUAUUCGACAAGAUGCACUCAAUCUAGAUAAAUUGGAGGAAUUUAUCAGCAUCAGCUAUGAUAAUCGAAAAGUUUGGAUAGAUGACGCAAUAAAAACUGGACAAGUAAAAUUAAUAGGUUUUAACCAAUUUACUGAUCAAAUGAGAAUUACCAGAGGAGGUUUUGCCUCGGUCUUCAGUGCUAUAUGGAACAAAUUUAAUGGUCGCAAACAAAAAGUUGCUCUCAAAGUAUUGCAUGAAAAUAAUGAUCCGGUUGAUGAUAAAUCGAAAGAAUUAAAUGAAUUCUAUAAGGAGAUUCAACUUGCUAAAACUGUGAAUACACAUCCUAACAUAGCAGACAUUGAAGAUCUUUGA